CCGAGCAGACUUCCGAGUCUUCCUUUCGAGAUGCUGAUUUUGGUGUGGCUCGUCGCUUUCCCAAGGGAGAUCACAGGGGCUACUUUCUUUCGCCAACAUGAUCCCAAUGGAAAUCACGGCCUGAGCUGCAACCGACCGGAGGCUGAAUCAAAAACGGAGUACCUCUGGUUCAAAGGAUCUGGUUCGUCAUCCCUGCAAGUGUUUGAACCAAUUGAGAAUGAUCUAAAGAACUCAGCUCCACAAUGCAGAGAACACUCCUCACCAAGUUACAGAAGUAAAACCCUACCCGUGUGUGUUUCUUCUACUGGUGGAAUAUUUGCCUGCACAGUCCUGACAGAGCACCGUACGUGCCCCCUCUUUAAUGAUAUCAAGAACUGCAACAAUUUUGACUUCUUCAUAGUUGCUGUGAGAGACGAGUCGGAGGAAGAGGAACACUUUGGGAUGAUCAAGGAUCCAUCAGAAAAUGUUACAGUCAUUCCAGAAAAAGGCAAUAUCACCCUUACCUGUGGACUGCAAAUUAAACACAGCUCCAAAGUUCUGACCUUGUAUUGGAUUAAGGAGACUGUUCCGAAUCUGUGUCUCUUUUCUGCUUCAAGUGAAGGCAGUCAUGGUAGUAAUUUUUCCAAGGAUGUCAAUUGUUGUGUGGACGCUGACAUUAAAAAGAGACGGACCGCUCCUCCGGUGAAUUUCAGCGGAAGAUGGCUAAAUCACAGCCUCACCAUCAUCAACGCCAUCCCUUCUGACAGCGGGAAGUAUUUGUGUGUGGUUACUAUCUGGAGUAACAAACACGUGUGGAAGAUUGCCUCGAACGUGUCCGUAGAAGUCCAGAAUUCCACAUUGUCGCGUGAGUCUACUACAGCUUACAGUCUUAUGAAACAGUUACAAAUCUCCCUAGGAGUGAUUGUCAGCGUUAUUCCCGUCUGUGGGGCAAUAUGGCUCCUUUGCUGGAAGAAGAAGGCAAAAGGAAAUCCUGCCGCGGAACGUCCAAGGAGUCGGAUGGAAAUUGAACUAGAAGGAGACGACUGCUCCCCCUACGCAGUGAGCAGUCGGAACGACAUAGACAAGGAUGAAGCCCUGUAUUCGGUCGUGAUGAAACCCCCAGGACACAUUUCAACUUUAUCAGACAGCAAGCCAACUUCUCAACCUGGAGAGAAACUGCAUACUGUUUAUGCCCUGGUGACUAAAUAGAGAAAUAAAAGU